GAAGUCCCCCGCGCGAUGGGUUCCGAGGUGGCCCAGCUGCUGGAGGCUGCCGACUUCGCGGCUCGCAAGCACCAGCGACAGCGGCGGAAGGACCCCGAAGGAACCCCUUACAUCAACCACCCUAUCGGUGUGGCUCGGAUCCUGACCCGUGAGGCGGGAAUCACUGACAUUGUGGUGUUACAGGCAGCCCUGCUCCAUGACACGGUGGAGGACACAGACACCACCCUGGAUGAGGUGGAGCUGCACUUUGGGGUACAAGUGCGGCGUCUGGUGGAGGAGGUAACAGAUGACAAGACUCUGCCCAAGCUGGAGAGAAAGCAGUUGCAGGUGGAGCAGGCACCCCACAGCAGCCCAGGGGCUAAACUGGUGAAGCUGGCAGACAAGCUGUACAAUCUGAGGGACCUGAAUCGCUGCACCCCAGAGGGAUGGUCUGAGCGUCGAGUCCAGGAAUACUUUGAGUGGGCAGCACAGGUGGUGAAGGGGCUUCAGGGGACAAACCAACAGCUGGAAGAGGCUCUAAAGCAGCUGUUUAAGGAGCGGGGACUGACAGUCUGAGCAGUACUAGGAGCCAUCCGAUGGUACAGACUCCAUCCCUUUGCCCAGGCCAGAGAAGAGUCAUGGUCCAGCCUUUCAGUGCCUCCUGAGCUCCCUCCUGGCUUUGCUCAGCCCAGAUAUUAGAUCAUAAAAUACUUGUCUUUUCUCACUCUGAAGAUGUCCUGCCAAUGAAACUGAGCCCAGGUUGAAGGAUGAUGCACCCUGUCCUUUUUUUUUUUUUUUUUUUUUUUUGCUUUUGCUUUUUAGGGCUGCAUGUUUAGCACAUGUAAGUUCUCAGGCUAGUGGUGGAAUUGGAGCUGUAGCUGCCAGCCUACUCCACAGCCACAGCAACAUGGGAUCUGAGCCUCAUCUGCAACCUACACCACAGCUCACAGCAAUGGGGGAUCCUUAACCCACUGAGCAAGGCCAGGGUAUUGAACCCACAACCUCAUGGUUACUAGUCAUAUAUGAACCUGCAUCCUCCUAAAUACUAGUCGGAGCCACAACAGAAAGUCCCACCCUGUCCAUUCCUAAUGCCGUCAAUGUCCUCCUGGCCUUGGGUCUGUUUCUUGUUUUGCCUGAUGGGCUAUCAGGCCCCUCAGGGACUUGGGCUUAUAUAUAUAUAAAUGUUAGUUGGAAAGUCAUUAUGCAAAAUAAAGCCUUUAGAUAAA